AUGGGCGUCGAAUCCGAAGCCUAUCAUGGCGAGUCCAUCACCCCCGCCGUCCAGCAGCCCCAGUCCUCCAGCCAGGAGUCGGUGACCUAUGAGAAGCCCAGAGAUGUCGGUGUCGACACGCCUAUUCCUCGGGUGACCCUCCGUGCCUUUAUCAUGGGUCUCUUCGUCUCGAUGGGUGGUCUCCUCUUCGGUUAUGAUACUGGUCAGAUCUCUGGUUUCCAGGAAAUGUCCGACUAUCUCCAGCGCUACGGUGAGCUGCAGCCCGAUGGCUCCUACUCCUUGAGCAAGGUGCGCUCCGGUCUGAUCGUCUCGCUCCUGUCCGUGGGUACCCUCAUUGGUGCCCUCGCGGGUGCUCCCGUCGCCGACAAGCUGGGCCGCAAGUGGUCCAUCACCGUGUGGUGUAUGGUCAUGGUUGUCGGCCUCAUCGUCCAAAUCACCUCCCCCUCCGGCCACUGGUACCAGAUGGUGGUCGGCCGUUGGGUCACCGGUCUGGGCGUCGGUGGCUGCUCUCUCCUCGUCCCCAUGUACCAGGGUGAGAGCGCGCCCCGUCACAUCCGUGGUGCCAUGAUCAGUUGCUACCAGCUGUUCGUCACCCUCGGUAUCUUCCUGUCCUACUGUAUCAACCUGGGUACCGAGUCCCUUGACGGCACCGCUCAGUGGCGCAUCACCCUGGGCCUGACCUUCCUCUUUGCCCUUGUCCUCGGCGGUGGUAUGGCUGUCUUCCCCGAGUCGCCUCGCUUCGAGUACCGCCACGGUCGUGUCGACAGUGCCCGCCGCACCAUGUCCAAGCUGUACGGUGUGCCCGAGAACCACCGCGUCAUCAUCCAGGAAAUCGAGGAGAUCCAGCAGCAGCUGGAUGCCGAGUCCCAGGAGCAGGUGUGGCACGAGUUCAUCACCGCCCCGCGCAUGUUCUACCGGAUCGUUCUCGGUAUGGUCCUGCAGUCGCUGCAGCAGCUGACCGGCGCCAACUACUUCUUCUACUACGGUACCACCAUCUUCCAAGGAGCUGGUAUCUCCAACUCGUUCAUCACCCAGGUCAUCCUGGGCGCCAUCAACUUCGGCACCACGUUCGGCGGUCUGUACGUCGUCGAGAACUUUGGCCGUCGCAAGUCGCUCAUCUUCGGCGCCGGCUUCAUGUUCGUCUGCUUCAUGAUCUUCGCCUCCAUCGGCCACUUCCUCCUGGACGUGCAGAACCCCGAGAACACGCCCGGCCCCGGCAAGGGCAUGAUCGUGGUCGCCUGCUUCUUCAUCACCGCCUACGCCAUGACCUGGGGCCCGAUGAUCUGGGCCAUUGCCGCCGAGCUCUUCCCCAGCAAGUACCGCGCCAAGGGCAUGGCGCUGGCGACGGCCAGCAACUGGCUGUGGAACUUUCUGAUCGGGUUCUUCACCCCGUUCAUCACCGGCGACAUCGACUUUGCCUAUGGGUAUGUGUUUGCGGGAUGUCUGUUUGCCGCCGCUCUGGUGGUGUACUUCUGCGUGAUUGAGGGCAAGGGCCGCACGCUGGAGGAGCUCGACUGGAUGUACGUCAACAAGGUCAAGCCCUGGGAGAGCAGCAAGUUCCAGAUGCCCGACCUGCACCGGGAGGAGCGUCGCGAGGCGCGCAAGGAGUCGCAGUCGUACCACGCGGAGAACGCUUCCAACACCCGGACUCCAUCUGCUUCUCAACUAUCCAAAAUGCACACCUUUCUAGACCGACCGCUCCUCAACGGCAAAGACGCCGAUAAAUGGAAGAAGCCUGCCGACCCCGAAGAAGUAUCCUCCAACCUGGAGAAAUGGUACCAAGCCGGACGCCUACUCUUCCCGCGCGAGUCGCUGCAGAGCAUCCACGACCAGAUCACGAAACCGCCGAAGAACGGGGAGCUCAUCACCGUCAAGGGGUUCGACGACGUGGUGUACGAGUACCGCGUGCAGACGGGGAAUCGACGGUGGUCGUGGCUGCCUGACUAUAGUAGGCAGGAUGAGGAGGGGUGGUUGGAGCCGGAAAACUGCGAGCGCGUGCAGUACACCUUCUCGAUCGAGCGCCUACACAACCAGCUGGAAUGGGGCGUGUCGCGCGCCUACAGCAGUCUGAGUAUCGGCCACUGGAUGAGCCGCGAGGACAAGCCGGACCCGCCCGGCGAUUUCGCCGCGAGCCUGGAUCUGUUCCGGACGAGCUACGCCGCGUGGGAAGACAGCGCCGCCUGGGCGGAGAUCCGGGCAACGCUACGGUCGCUGCGUCUCCCGUGUCGGAUUACCAAGGUGAUCGGGAUCGCGAACGGAACGUUUGCGAUCACCCCGUCCGAUCCCGAGGGCUACGCGCGGUCCGCGGUGCAGCAUGCGUUUCUUUUGACGGUGAAGAAGGCGCUGCAGGCGGACGGCAUGGCGGAAGACGAGGUCGCGUGCUACGUGCAGGACCCGGCGUAUACCGCGGCCGACCGGGCGGUGCUGCGGGAGUAUGAGAUGCAGGUGGUGGAGGAUCCGGAGGGGUUUCUGCUCAUGGACGCGGCGACGGUGGUGUUCUCGUGUGCGCCGAAUAUUUGUGUUAAGGAGAUUGUGGCGGAUAUUGUGCGGCCGGCGGUUCUCGUUUGGUGCAGGGUCAAGGAGGAUGAUUAUGCGAGCACGGAUCCGAAUUCGCCGCGGGUGCGGGAGAUGAUAGAGAAGGAGUAUGACGAGUUUCCCUUUCCGGAGGAUGGGAAUUUUACGGCGAUGAGGAUUUACACGAUCAAAGGAGGUAGCAUCCUGUAG